UCUUUUGCAUCUAGCAAACAACAAUUAUUGAGAAGCAAAUUGUGAAAUAGAAAAAGGAGCCAGGCUAUCUGCAGGUACUUUAUGGAGAGCUACUGUUUCCAUAGACUUCCCCAUUGACUGUUUCAAAUCACAUCCAGGAUUCUUGAAACUGGGAGGCUAUAAAUUGAUUCCUGCAUUCAGCCCAGCUGGAGCCAACAUGAAGACAGCCACAGUCUUGGUUCUGGUGACUUUGAUUGCCAUAGGGAAGGACUCAGUGAGUGCUCUGAGAUUUUCUCCAGGAAGACUACAAAAACCCGGGGCCUGUCCCGAGAUUCCCACAAAAUGUACUGUACCUAUUCUUAUACAGUGCUCAGGAGAUGAAUCAUGCUCCAACGAACAAAAGUGCUGUAUCCUUGGAUGUUUCUGUAAAUGUGUGAUCCCUGUCUUUGAGACAACUGACAGCCCUUUGGUAUAUGGAUUCCACAAUUAUCAGGAUGACUGAUGGCCAUCUCAGAAGAUUUUUUCUGAAUCCAAGGAGCCCGUGACUGAUACUCCCUAGUCCUACAACUGCAUCCUUAGAAGAUGAAAACCUGUCAUGUGGUGACUGCUUCAUAGUGUCUCUGUGUCCAAAAUAAAUGA